CUGGUUCAGGCGGUUUAUGUCUUUACCCAGAAUGCACCGCUGAUCGUCACGGCGCCAUCUCCAGACGUGCGCGCGCGGCCAGGAGAACGACAGUCGAUGUUGUUAACGUUCUCUUCGUUUUGUCAGCAUUGGUUUAACUUGAUUCAAACAUUGUGAUGGGGGUGAAGGCACAGCGUCCUCGCUGCUUCUUUGACAUCGGCAUCAGUAAUGUGCCAGCGGGACGAGUGGUCGUGGAGCUUUUCUCGGAGGCGUGUCCUAAGACAUGUGAAAACUUCCGCUGCCUGUGCACAGGUGAGAAAGGAAUUGGCAAGACCACCCAGAAACCCUUGCACUACAAAGGAAGUCUGUUUCACAGGAUAGUAAAGGACUUUAUGAUACAAGGAGGAGACUUCAGCGAAGGGAAUGGCAGAGGUGGUGAAUCUAUAUAUGGAGGUUUCUUUGAAGAUGAGAGCUUCUCAAUGAAACAUACCAAAGAUUUCCUGCUGUCGAUGGCAAACAGAGGGAAGGACACCAAUGGCUCACAGUUCUUUAUAACUACAAAACCAACUCCUCACUUGGAUGGAAUUCAUGUGGUGUUUGGUCAGGUGAUCUCCGGCCAGGAGGUGAUCCGGAUGAUCGAGAGUCAGAAGACCGAUGCCAACAGCCGACCCUACGCUGAGGUCAAAGUGCUCAACUGUGGGGAACUUGUUCCAAAAUCAAAAGCAAAGAAAGAAAAGAAGAAGCAUCAGUCAUCCAGCGAGAGUGAUGGUGACUCUUCCUCAGACAGCUCCACAGACUCCGAGGAAUCAGAGAAGGAAAAGAAACGCCGCAAGAAACAUAAGAAGGAACACAAGAAAAAGAAAGAACAGAAACACAAGAAGAAAGACAAGAAAGGGUCUGAUGAGGAAGAGGCUGAUCCCCAAUCCUUGUCGACCGUCCGUCCAGAGGAAGUCCCGCCCAUUCCAGAAAACCGCUUCCUAAUGAGGCGAAGCCCCCAAAAGGCCAAAGAAGAGGAGCAAGGGAAAGAAAAGCAAAAGGAAGACUCUGGGAAAGACAGACAAAGAGAAAGAGACCGGGAGAGAGAGAGGGAAAGGGACAGACCCAUGACGAACUCACGGCCAAACCGCACAAGACUGGUGAUGACCAGGUCAGGGCGCAGAAUUAAAGGAAGAGGACCGAGGCGCUACCGGACACCAUCUAGAUCUCGCUCGCGUUCAUGGGAUCGGUUUCGCCGCAGUGAGACGCCUCCACACUGGAGGCAGGAAAUGCAAAGGACACAGAAAGCUAAACCCAACACAACCGCCACCCAGGAACGAUGGAUCAAGGGGGACAAAGGCGAUAUGUUAGAGGUAAAGACACAAGCCAAUGAGCCAGCGACUGAGAACAAAGCUGCACGACAAGAAGAAGCAAAAAAGAAGUCUGAACGAGAAAAGAGAGAUGCAAAGCGGGAAAAAUCACGCAGUCCCUCCCGGGGAAGAGACAGGAAGAGGGACAAACAUCGCUCCAAAAGCAGAGAUAGGGACGCACGGAAAAAGACGGAUGAUGAUGCAGAAAAAAAGAAAGCUCGCAGUCAGAGCAAGAGCAAAGAAAAGAAGAGAGAGAAGGAAAAGCACAGCAAAGCGGAUGAUAAGCGAGGACGCUCAAGCAGCAAAGACAGGAAAGAGAAAGAUGCCAAAGAGCGAGAGAAAGAGGGUGAACAAAAAGACAGAAGCAAAGAAAGAACCAAACAUCCUGAAGGGAAUGAUAAGGAUAAGUUGAAGGAUGGGGAAAAGAAGAAGAAUGGAGAGCAGAGACUUGACCGAUCGAAAAGCAGAGAAAAGGGUCGCGAUGCAUCACACCGGUCCAGAUCCAGAGGCCGCGACAAGCAUGACCAAUCACAUGAGCGAGGCCGUGACCGACACCACAGCAGCAGUCGAGACAGAAGAUCAACUCGCCGGUCGAGAAGCAGAGAGCCAGACAUAAAAGACCGCGGGAGAGACGCAGAAGACAGAAACAAGAGGAGGAGUACAGAAGAGUCAAAGAGCAAAGAGAGCAGAGGACGAGACAGGAGCUCCCAGAGACAGAGAAGCCGAGAGCGAGAUGAUCGACAGAGCGGCAGGAAGAGGAAUGAAAAGAGUGACAGUGGAAGCAGCGAUUCAGAGAGCGAGGCUGAGAAACAGAAGAAAAGAAAAAGGAGCGAGAGUCCGAAAUCUAAAGACAAAUCUAAAAGUCCAGGUAAAAAUGCGAAGAAAAAGGACUCCUCUUCCAGUGACAGCGACUGAGAGACUGCAUGUACCACUUUGUUUAUUUGUUUUCUUUUUCCCAUCAGUGACUUACUGUACAACGACUGAUACAAAGACUUAUUUUAGUCAUUGUGUGAACCAGACAUGUCCUUCUCCUGAACACCUGGAAUAUUUUUUUCUAAUGGCUGAUACCAGUUGCAUCCUCAUUUAAGUUGAAUCGGUUAUAUUUGUCCAACUUUUAUCAGAUAUUUGUUUUCAUUUUCUUGCCCAUAUCCGACAUAAACGUUUAGUGUAACUGGUUGCUUAACUGUUUUUCUGUCUGAUCUGAGCUGUGUUUUUUAAAAGGGGUUCGUUGGAGACAUGUUUGAGUACCUUAAAGAUUUGUAAGGGCUUUAUGUUUGUAAAAAGAUGGCAAUGUUAGGUUCUGUUGAAUUUGACAAAUAAAAUUGAAACUCAACCUGUGAUUUAAA